AUGGGCUGGGCACUCCCACCAACGUAUUCAGCGUUCAAGCGCGAGAGGUUGCUCCAUGGCUCCAGCAUCAUUCCGCCCUUCCUGUGUGAGUCAUGCAUCAUACCAUCCUUGUUGAAAACGUCCACGGGUAACUCCACCGAUGCGGACCAUCACAAGGCCAUCACCCUUGACCGCAUGCUUCGCGCAGAGGCAGUCGACGCCAAGCGGGAGCAAUACCGACAGAGUAAACAAGCUGCUAUGGCCAUCGAGCGAAAUUUGCAGUUGCGAAAGCAUGCGGCCCGUGUUUUGCAGAAGUGGCUUCGAAUGUACAUGGAGCCCCGCGAAUGCGAGCGACGUGCCGCGUGCACUCGCAUUCUUCGAUGGUGGCGUCGAUGGAAACUACUUGCGGCGCAACUGCCACGAAAAGAACUGCACAUGAGCUACAUGCAACCAAAGGAUUCGCUGUCUCAUUCCCCACGAAUCCACUUGCAAUCAACUGAACGACGCUCGCAGAUAAUUCCGCCGACACCAAGCACGAUAGAAGCCCCUCGAACACCCAACAUCAACCACACCAGCCAGUCGCUACCACCAUCGGCCAAUCCACAUGGCCUUGUUCUGGAACUCUUGGCCGUGCGCGGUUUGGUGGUGGCUUCCACGUGGCAGUCGCUGAGCGCCGAGGUUUGCGCUUUCCACAAGGCGUCCCCCCACACGACCAUCCAGACGAGUCACAUACCGUGUAACGGGGGCGGGUUCGAGUGGACGGGGGAAAAUGUGUUGGCAGUUGGCCAGCACCGUCUCAACUUGACCGAGUGGCAUUGCAGUGUCAAACUCUAUCGGCACGGCGGUCAAAUGGGGGCAAAAUGCCUUGGGCAAGUCCACCUCCCCGCCGACCUUCUUGAAAGCUCGUUGGCCAAGCAUCGCAACCUCACGCAAUGGUUCCCGCUGGAAAAAGCAGUUCCAGGAGACGUCGUGCGCGGCGAAGUCAGAAUGUCGUUUCACUACCAAGAAGAAGUCGCCGCCAUCACUACUAUUGAGACCAUACCUCCCCCCAACACACAACGAAAGCAAGUUGCAUCCAUUGAUGCAUAUAGCAGCGACAUUCCUUUCCGAAAGAAAGAGCGGCAAUCUCGUCCUGGACUACCGUCCCCCCAAACUCAUGAACCCAAAGCCAGACCUGACAAACGUACACCAGCCGCUACUGUUGCAACGACUGUCUCCCCCGAGAAGAAGAAAAUGUUGAUGUCGAAUUCCCCCUCCAAGAUCCCCGACCCCCUGGCGUCCAAUCAAGCUAUCGCUAACAAUGACGAUAGUAGCAGUAGUAGAGACGUCGACACGCCGACCCCACACCCGUACUUAAAGCGGAAACCAUAUCGCAUCCGCUUUGAAAAGCUCGAUUGGUCCAGUGUUGCGUCCAAGACGGAUAGCAACGUUCCAAAAGCAGUCCCCCAGCAGCCACCUACCCCAGCCCCCCCUUCAGAGCAAGUUCCAGAGAAAACGGGGGCGAGCUUGGAGCAACUCAUGUCAGCGCACAACCAACGGAACCUCGCGCUCGUGCACUUGAAGCAAAAAGCCGAACUGCACGCGAUUUUUCACCUCCCGCCUCCCCCCUCAGUCCUUCCGACGCUCACUCGUCCUGCAUUGGGUCAGCUACAUCGCCUUCCCAUAGGGGACACCACAAGGCGACUCGAACGACACUACGACCUCCUGCGACAAAAGUGGGGGUUGUAGAUAGAUCUAUGCAGUUACAGUAUAUGUAGGCUCGAGUACUCGAGAGGGUGUGCAAUACUUGCCCACGUUUUCAUAGCGAUAGCAAUAUAAAUAAAAUUGCCGAA